AUGGCCUCGGCGAUCCAGUCCCAGCUCGCUCUCGGCGCUGUACCAAACCACGUCUCCAAUGUUUGUCCCAACGGGACCAAGUUCUGGCUCCUCGAAGUCGGCUGGCUGGAGACCGACGAAGGCUUUGUGGUGCGCGGAGGCAACACGUCCCUUGACAGCACCAAGAAUGUCCCGUUCGUAAACAAGAGGCGGCUACUGCCCAUGUACUGCAUCUUGAUUGAUCAUCCCAUCGAAGGCUGCAUCUUGUGGGAGACUGGUUGCGGGAAAGACUGUAGGUCAUCAGAGUGCCAGACAGUACACACAACUGAUGCCGUGCCCUCCAUUCAGAUCCGACUGUAUGGGGACCGCAAGUGUCCGACAUCUUCAGCCGAGUCAAGUACGAACCGUAUCAUGAGCUCGACGCGGCAAUAGAAGCGACAGGUCACAGUUUGAAUGACAUCAAGAAGAUUGUAAUCGGGCAUCUUCACCUUGAUCAUGCAGGUAGGCUGGGAGAAUGAAGACCUCUACGUGGCAAAGGGCCUGCUCAUAUUCCCCGCUUUCCCUCUAGGUGGUCUAGACCUGUUUCUGGACCGGAAUGAUGUGGAGAUUUGGGUGCAUGUGAGUGACGCGGAAGCCCACAAUCUUCUCAGACCACAUCUGACUCUCGCGUGGCUCAGGACCUAGAGUUGAGGUCGGCGUUCUGGUCUGUUGCCACCGGAGCCGAUGCUGGGGUCUACAUGAAGCACUACCUGAAUCUGGAUCUGUAAGCGCUGUGAAUCAUCAAUAGCUCGGCCCUCAUGACAGAUGAUCUAAAAGUUGGCAGCAACUGGAAAACGUUUGACGACCGAACGAUGGACUUUUGCCAGGGCAUCACGCUCCAUCACCUGCCUGGGCACACUGAUGGUCUCAUCGGUACGAGAGCAAGAGCCACGAGCGAUUCAUCAAGAAGAAGACUUUGGCUGACCUUCUGCCUUCCCAUAUCACAGGCAUGCAAAUCAACAUGCCUCAGUGCGGUGCGGCCCAGGUGCGAGAUCUUUCGAGGAUUACCACUUACACCAUGAUUAUAGGCACCUUCCUCUUCAUAUCCGAUCACUGCCACGUCAUCGAAAAUGUAUGCAACUCUAAUUGCGGCAUUCCUGGUCGGUGCUGAUGGUGGCCACAGUGGCGAGAUGGCAUCCCGCAGGGCUGGUUAGCGAGAGACCAUCCAGCAUGGUAGGCGACGUCUUUACAUUGAUUACACGGGGUCAAAAGAUUGAUCUUCUGCAUCAGGUUUCGAUCUACACAACGUCUGAAGCACUUGGAGCGUCUCACUCGUGGCCGAGUAGUCCCUGGCCAUGACGAGACCACCUUCUUGGAAUUGCAGGCGGACCAGAAGAAGCAUGGAGGCCACUUCACGUGA